AGGAGAGCCGCUGACAGAGGAGCGCGCAGCGCAGCGCUGCGUAAAAAGGGGGUUGAACCGAGGACGUGCGGUUUCUUGGAGAAGUGGCGUCUGGAGUGAGGAGGGCGACUCUUGUGCUGAUCAGCGGCCACUCGGGACUUCGCCCAGUCAAUCCGGAUUCUAACCUGGUCCCGAGGUCCUAUGUGUAACCAUGAGGACACAUGCAUGGAUUUACCACGCUUUGGUUUGUGUUGCGGUCACUCUGCUGGACACAGGCUGCUGUAGAAGGACGCAUCAGUCCUUACAGAGGUAUGAGAAGACUGAGAACCACAUGCUGGUUUGCACAGACUGUCCUCGAACGCCGCUGGUACGAAACAGCCGAUCGCAGGAGCACUGCGCUCGCAAGUGCAAGAAGGUCAAGAAAAACUUCAACUGCAGGGCUUUCAACUUCCAGAGGCACAACAGGAAAUGCCACUUGCUCCCCUUCGACCGCUUCGCCCACGGCGCGAAGAAGCAGGCCAACGUCAACUUCACUUUGUACGAAAAAAAAGAUUAUAUAAGGGAGUGUAUCAUCGGCACCAAGGACUACAGAGGGAGGAGGGCUUGGACGAAGUCAAACAUCACUUGCCAAGCUUGGUCAGAUAAUAACAUCAAUGAGCACACGUUUUAUCCUGAGAGAUACCCAACGCAGGACCUCAGGGAGAACUUCUGUCGGAAUCCCAACGACGAUCCUGGUGGUCCGUGGUGCUACACCACAGACCCCAACGUCCGAGCGGAGGAGUGUGGCGUGCCGCAGUGUUCGGAGGAUGUCUGUGUGGUGUGUACCGGGGAGGAUUACCGCGGCAAAAUGGAUCACACAGAGAGCGGCAAGGAGUGUCAGCGAUGGGACUCGGCGAGGCCUCACAAACACCUUUUCCAGCCCAAAAAGUAUCGUGACAAGGAUUUAAAAGACAACUACUGCCGUAACCCGGACAAUCGCCCCCGUCCCUGGUGCUACACCAUGGAUCCCAAGACGCCGUGGGAGUACUGCAACAUCACUGUGUGCGAGUCCGACUCCAGCGAGGACACAGAUGUCAAUGCAACAACAUCCUGUGUCCAGGGGAAGGGCACAGAUUACCGAGGCACCAUGAAUGUGACUCCUGAGGGUGUGACGUGUCAGCGCUGGGACUCUCAGUUCCCCCAUAACCACUCCUUUCUGCCUCAGAACUUCAAAUGCAAUUUGUGUGUGUGUUACAGAGACCUCCGAGAGAACUACUGCCGCAACCCCGAUGGGGCAGAUUACCCAUGGUGCUUCACUUCAGACCCUAAUCAGAGGAGAGCCAACUGCACCCACAUCCCCAGGUGUGAUGCCGAGGCCACACAAAAAACUGAGUGUUACGAAGGCAACGGAGAGGCGUACCGCGGCACCUUAUCCACAACUCGUUCUGGGAUUCCCUGUGCGGACUGGUCACAUCACAUAAACAGUGGGGAUACUCACUCUACGGUAUCCCAUGUAGGGCUGGAGAAGAACUACUGCCGGAACCCAGACCGAGACAAGCAUGGCCCCUGGUGCUACACCAAUCCAAAUAACCGCUUGGCCUGGGACUACUGCAAACUGAGGCACUGUGAAUCAGCCACAGCGGCUCCUCAACCAAGCACUCUGACCAGACCCAAGAUAUCAUGCUUCGUGCAUAUAAACACCAGAAUCGUCGGCGGACAUCAAGUGCGAGGUACAGAUGGCAGCUGGGUGGUGAGCAUCCAAAGAGAGAAGGCUCAUUUGUGUGGCGGCUCACUGAUCAGAGAGGACUGGGUUUUGACAGACCAACAGUGCUUCACCUCCUGUGUUCCAGAUCUCCGGGAUUACAGCGUGCAGGUCGGUCUGCGUCACCUCAAUGAGUCCUCCAACCACCCGAGGCUACGCAUCUCCCGCCUGAUCUGUGGCCCAGAAGGAUCCAACCUGGUUAUGCUGAAACUCGCAGACCCUGCGCCUGUGUCUGAGGGGGCCUCCACCAUUCACCUUCCUGUAAAAGACUGUCACAUCACCGAGGGCACCAACUGCACCAUGUAUGGAUGGGGGGAAACCAAAAAUACAGGAUACGAUGAGGCACUGAACACUGUAACCAUGCCGAUGGUCAACAACGACAUGUGCUCGCAAAUCAAAGGGGAUGCUGGCGAGAGCAGAAUAUGCGCCGGCGGCAGGAGAGGAGAAGGUGUAUGUGAUAAAGAUAAUGGCGGUCCGUUGGUGUGCCAGGAGCACGAGCGCAAAGUCAUCACCGGUGUGAGCAUCCAGAGGACAAAAUGUGCCUCAUCGCAGCCUGCGCUUUUUGUCAACGUCGCUUUCUACUCAGAGUGGAUUUAUAAAGUGUUCAAACUUUACCCCAGCUUGGAGAGGAACUAAAAAAUAUAUUGCGGUGUCAAAGUGUCGGCUCCGUGCCGGACCGCACCGCAGCCUGCGAGCAGACGGGGGCGACUCUGGGCCAGAAAACUUCAGGACCUGUCCAGCCGGACCACAGGGGAGAAAUGUGGAGAAUCACCGUGUUGUGAUUUUACGGCGAGGACGGGGACCAGUGAUCGAAGGCUGGUUCUAAUAAAAGGGGAAUCUGACACAUUCCUCCACUUGCAGGUCGUUAGCCUAAACAACAACCAAAGUCUCGGGCACAUGGACGGCGCACUAUUUGUGUUUUGACGUGAGAAUGACACCUGUGACUCAGUAUUAUCUCCUGGAAUAUACUUGAAUAUGGACACGGCCCAGAUCCCUGUCGGAUACCACUGUGCCUGGGGUUUCUUUUCUUUUUCUUUUCUUUUCUUUUCUAGAGCUCGACUGCAAAACACAUAGUAGCGUGGAUGGACAGAAAUGGGUGUUCCAUAAUGUCAACAAAUAUACUAAUUUGGUCACACUUGGUCAUACUUUUUUUUAUUUUUUACAAAUAUCACCGUAACAAAAAACGCUGGUACUACCAAAAUGAAUGAUCACAUGUGCAUGAAAAAGGAAAUAAACACAGUGUUGCAGACACUAGUGAUUAAGCCAAUCAGUCUGUAAAUUCAAACCUGCAAUUGGCUUCAGAUAUGACGUUAAUUAAGUGUAUAGAAUACACUGUCGCUGCUCGAACGGCUAACUGCAGCAGCCUUGGCAAACCAUUCCGUGCUAAUUGUGCGCAGUAGCUGGACUACCUUCUCCCCAGUUAGCUGUAACUGUUAGUUUCCCCCGUGGGAGGGUCUAAUGCUAAUAUUCGAAGCACGAGAGAGAGACGAGCCAUGCCAAAUAUAACAUGGUUAUUUGGUCUCCAGUUUGGAGGGAACUGUGGCCCCUGGCGGGCUGUGUGUGGUCAGUAGGAUAUUUUAUUUUAUUUUCCUUUUUUGGGGGGGAUUUCAUGGUAAGUGACUCCUUGUGUACAAAACUGCAGAUUUGUUGAGUAUGUUUCUGCCGUGCUGUAAGAUUUUAUAGGUCUUAUAGAUCUGGAAUAUUUUGUUGGUUCACUUGGUAACGUCAGAUUGGCUUCUUCCUGCUUCUGAUUGUAUUUUUUUAAAAGACUGGUAGCUUGCAAGCAGUAGUUUUUUAUUGGUUUAUUUAUUUUUUAUAAUAAGCAGAGGACAUUGCAAGCAGAGGACAAAUCCAGAAUUUUGGUGUGAUACUUGGGUUUUGUGUCUUUCAUAUUCCCAGAAUAUUAACAGACCACAUAAUGACUGGCUGCAUGUUGGACUCCCAGGUUAAAGACACAGAAACAAACGUUCAAACUUAUUCAUGUGAGUAUUGUUCAUCCUAAGGGGUACAUUUUAGUUUUAUUUGGGGGCGAAAUUUAACGAGGAAGACCACUACAGUUAAUAUGAAAUCAUAACUGUCGGCCACUUGAUGAAAUAAAUGACCACUUGUCUGUUAUGAAGAUGAUUGAUGUUUAUUUUUAAGUCAGAUCAGCACUUUCUGAUUAGGAUUCCCCCCCUCUUUAUGUGUCUGUUACCAGAACCCCCCACCCCCGAGAUGAACAUCCAUGGAGCAGCAAAUUAAAAGGCAGAAGCUUCAUGGAAGGUGACCGACUGAUUGAAUAGGUGAAACCAAAAAGGGCCAAAUACUCUUCGUUACCUGGGCAGAUCAUAUAACUGUGUUGUGAAUGGAUCGGCUUUCUUACGGAGUUGUGACUGUUAAUUUAUGCGAUUUGUUAAUUUACUUGUAUGUAAAUAGCCUCGUGCAUCCUGUAAAUUGCAAUUUGUAAUUUUUGUAAAUAGCAUACUUGAGUAUUUUGACUUCCUGAUCCUGAUUCUGUUUAUAUGUUUGUACAAUGUAAACUUUAAAUAUAUCAGCUGCUAUUUUGUGUUAGUGAGUUGUUGUUUUUUAUAUAUAUAUAUAUCUAUGACCUCUUCUGUAUUUUUAUAGCAUUUGUAUUAUUCCUAUCUUAAUAAAAAACCUUGACACCACAUUUCGUUGUGUU